CCCUCGAAGCUGUCUUCCAGUUCUUCUCUCGCCGCAUGAAUCUGACAACAAAAGUAGCCUUUUGAGUUCUCAUGAUGUCAUGAAUCCAUUUCAUGCCUUAUACGUGCUGGCCUUCCCAGACUGACACUCGGACGAAGAACAACUUCCAAGAUGUACCCAUUGACCCUGUACUUCUCCAUAAUAGACUGUCCUGAUUUCUCUUAGGUUCGAGAAAUCCCUUUACGACCUCAUACGGGGUCUGCGAAACCACAAAGGUAACGAGAAGGAAUACAUCCAGAACAGUCUCAAAGAAUGCCGGGCCGAAAUCAGGGGUCAGGAUAUGGGUCAGUUAUUACCAACAGAUGGCGGGGUCAAUGUUGAUGAUUGUGGAACAGACUUGAAGGCAACGGCCCUACUGAAGCUGGUAUAUCUCGAAAUGUUUGGUCACGAUAUGUCAUGGGCAUCUUUCCACGUACUCGAGGUCAUGUCCUCUGCGAAAUACCUUCAAAAACGAGUGGGUUAUCUGGGGGCUGUUCAGAGCUUUCGACCUGAUACGGAGGUUCUAAUGCUUGCAACAAAUCUGUUGAAGAAGGAUCUAACUUCCACCGCUGUCACAACAAUGUCGCUACCAAUCAUAACACUACCCCAUGUCAUAACUCCGUCGCUAGCAUUAUCUGUUCUGUCCGAUCUUCUCCCACGAUUGACCCAUUCACAUCCUACAGUUCGAAAGAAGACGAUUGUGACACUAUAUAGACUAGCAUUGGUAUACCCGGAGACUCUACGGCCAGCGUGGCCAAAGAUCAAAGACCGCUUGAUGGAUGAGGGAGAGGAUCCAAGUGUAACAGCAGCAAUCGUCAACGUUGUGUGCGAGUUAGGUUGGCGAAGGCCCCAAGACUUUCUCCCACUUGCUCCUAGGUUAUUUGAGCUUCUGGUCGACAGUGGGAACAAUUGGAUGGCCAUCAAGUUGAUCAAGCUCUUUGCAAUUUUGACCCCUCUAGAGCCACGUCUUGUCAAAAAGCUCUUACCUCCUCUAACUUCCCUCAUCCGUACAACCCCUGCCAUGUCGCUUCUGUACGAAUGUAUCAAUGGCAUUAUUCAAGGCGGUAUCUUGGAGAGCAGUGAUGAUGGCGGAGACGAAAUUGCCACACUCUGCGUGGGUAAGUUGCGAGGUAUGAUUCAAAUCGAGGAUGAUGCAAACCUCAAAUACGUCGCUCUUUUGGCCUUCAACAGGAUUGUUAUGACCCAUCCGUAUCUGGUCGCCCAGCAAGAGGAUGUCAUUAUGGAAUGUAUUGACAGUGCUGAUAUCUCGAUCCGAUUACGGGCUUUGGAUUUGGUUGUUGGUAUGGUCAACAGCGACAACUUGAUGUCCAUUGUUGGCCGUCUGAUGAGGCAACUGAAGAAUUCUCGAUCUGCAACUGCUGAAGAACUUCAUCCCCGUGCUAUACCGAUUGAACCAGCGGCAGACUCCGAUGAUGAAGCUCUAGAAGUUGCUAUCAAAAACAACAGGGGCGACUCUGAGGCACCGCUGCUUCCAGAUGACUAUAAGAUCGACGUUAUUUCAAGGAUUCUGGAAAUGUGUUCUGUCAAUAACUAUGGAAACCUUGUAGAUUUCGAUUGGUACAUCGAUAUCUUGAUCCAACUGGUCAGGAAUGCCCCUAUUCACACUACGAAUCUAUCCGCUGGAGAUGCAGAAUAUGGCCUCAGACAAGGUAAAGAUGUCUCUGAGCUUAUUGGGCAUGAACUACGAACAGUCGCGGUUAAGGUAAAGGCCGUCCGGACUCAGGCUACGAGAGCAGCAGAAGCCAUUCUCAUCUCGACCUUUAACGACCCUUCAUCUCCACUGAACGCAGCUAGUGGGGUUCUUCGACCAAUUACAUGGGUAUGUGGGGAGUACGCCUUGUCCUUGGCGUCCCCUGAUGAUGCGCUCACGGCUCUUUUGCAGCUCACUAAGGGCUCAACUGCAGCCGAAGGACUUGCUGUGUACUUACAGGCAUUGCCCAAGGUAUUCUCCCUGAUUGCUGGUGAUGACCAGUCACUGUGGACACCAGAGCGAAAGACCAUGAUUUCUCUUUUGAUGGCCCGAAUCAUUCACGCCCUAGAACCUCUUGCAAUGCAUCCAGAUCUGGAAGUGCAGGAGAGAGCUGUAGAGUUUUCGGAACUUUUGAAAUUAGCGGCCGAAGCCUCCUCUGGACAGCAAACAUCAUCUGACCCUGCCACCCAAUCGGAUCCGCCUCUGCUUCUCACACAGGCAAUACCGUCUUUAUUUACAGGCCUGGAGCUGAAUUCUGUAGCUGCAGAGGCGCAGAAAAACGUGCCUGUGCCGUCGAAUUUGGAUUUGGAUCAGCCUAUAAAUCCAAAUCUAAGUAAUCUAUUGAGAGCCGUCGAGUCGGCAGCAUUCGAUGCAGGGGAUGACGAUGAAUUCGAGGCCUACUAUCACCAAGCGCCACCGCAAACUCACUUCACUCAAAAAGAGAACGAGCCGGCGAUAUCUCGUCUGGGUGGCACUGACGAGGUUGUGCAGUCUUACCAGCAAGGCAGCGAAGAGAGCUAUCUCGAUCCCGAUAUUGUGGCUCGAAGACGAGCUGAGCGACUGGAGAGGAACAAAGACGACCCAUUCUACAUUCCCCCAAGCGAAGACAAAUCUGGACGAUCAACACCUCUCCAUAACAUCAUACAGAGCAACAACGGGCCAGAUUUGGAUAUAGAUGCGAUACCAAUUAUGCAACUGGAUCUUGGGAAAACCAGCAUCGUCCCCGCACAGCCGUCGCCAAGAAGGCCAAAGCCUCGUCAGAGAAUACAGGUCGCGGCUGACGAGACUAUUCGUACCAGCGGCACUUCAUCACCACGAAACGACGACUCUGAGAACAGUCUUGAUGGGCCUCAGAAGCUGAAACCUAAAGGGAAGCAUUCCCUACUUCAGGUUGAUUCUAGUCACAUCGGAACCUUCUCGCUCGAAGGAGAAAGCGCUGGUCCUAUUGACUAUGAGCGCCAACAAAGAGAGGAUGCUGAGAUGGCUCAAGCAAUGCAUGAAGUUGAGAAGCUUAGAUUAGAGAUGCAGAGGGCAAAUGAAAGAAUUCAGGCCGCCCAAGGUGUUGAAGGGACAGUGAUCAAGAAGAAGAAGAAGAAGACAAAGAGACCCGAGGCUAAUUUGGGCGAUGAGGGUACCACAAGUGUGGUAAAGAAAAAGAAGAAAGCACGGAAUGUUGAGGAGGCGCCCACUUUGGCAGGAGAAAGUACGGGAGAUGCUUGCAAGCCGAAGAAAACCAAGAAGAAGGCGAAGAUCGAUGAAGAUACUAUUGGUCAAGAAGGGACUGUGGAUUCACGAGCAUAGCAAGAGCAUAUACAUGGCGUUUGGAGCAAUUCGGAUGGGCUGGCCAGGAUUUUGAUUUAUCAUUAGUUCUGAAGCUGCGGCAUACAUAUAUGGACAUAGAAGGAGCUCGAGGCCUAGAUUUUGGUCACCAGGAGAUCUUCGGAUGUGAUUGGAACAGCUACGAGCCGUGUAUGCACAUACAUUCGAGGUCAAUAUCCUUAAAGUAAUGUGAAUUUUAUGUGAAAGUCACCUCCAUCAUCGAAGAUUCGAAGCCAAAUGCAACAUUGUCGUCUGGAAAAAAGACUACAGAUGUGCUUCGCAGCUUCGAAUCUGAAUAUCCCAUACAUAUUCAAAUUUCUAGUUUGGAAAUACAUAUUGAAGUAGCUGCCUACUAUGAGCAUCGAUUUGUUAUGACUUUUGCCAUCACAUUCGUAUAUUAUUUAUUCAAUUGACGCUAAUCUAAAUGUAGUUAGAGCAUAGGUACCUAGUCUUUGUUGAUAAGAUAAGGCGGCUUAGGUAAGUUUCAAAAAUUAUUCGUUCCCAUGCAAAGGUUAACGGCACAUGUA